CUGUUGGCUGGUUGUCACAUUUGUGUUUCUGUCAAUCUGAGCCAGCUUGCCCUUACAAAACUUAGAUGCAUUCUUUUUUAACUUGUGUUUUGUUAAUCUUUUACUGAUAUUAAGCUUAUCUCUAUAAUGUUGUUGUCCUAAGAAUUGAAUGAACUUCCUCAAUCUAUCGGAACAAUUUUGAAUAAAUUGAUUAUUCAGGUGUAACCUAGCGUAUGGCUUGAGCACCUGUUUGAACGGCAAACUGUUAAUGUUGUGGUACCAUGUCUCAAUAUUAUUAAUUAUGAUCGUCUGAUCUAUUUCGUGAGAGUUUGAAGUGAUUUAUAUCUAGGGAAUAUCAUAGAACCACAACGAUGGGAGACUCCCCGGUCGCUAGCAUUGUUAGCGAGAUUUUGAGAGUGGAAGCAGUAGAAGAAGCAUUCAGUUGCUUCUUAGUUCAUAAACCAGAGGAAGAAAAUGAAGUGUUAGGGAUGUAUCAGAAGAGACUCAGUGGUAUCAUGACCCACUUGAGCACUGAGAUGCAGGAGUCGGCUCUACGCCAGUACCUGACUCCUACGGCCGUUCUCACCAACCGUUACAAAAUGAAACAGCUGCUUGGUCUCUUAGAGAAUUUGGUGAAUACAAAUGUUAUUCAGGCUCGAAUGUUAUGUGAUUGUAUCUUGACCAAUGAAAAACUGAUCUAUCAAAAUGCUGAUUUUUGGAUUGAAAGUUUCAAUUUAAUCAGGAGGAUUAUUGGAGGAGUAGACUACAAAGGUGUAAGGGAAAUAAUGAAAGGAUGCAGAGAAAAGGCUCAAACAUUGCCAGUCAGGCUAAACUCAAGUACAAUGCCUCAGCUCAAAGCAUUGUACAGUGUAAUUGAAUAUAUAUUUGACAGGAAUGCUUCCUUACUUCCUGCAUAUUUCAUUGUAACUGAAAUUCAAAAGGAUUACCCUGGUAAUAACCAUUGGCCGCACUGGCAAUUGGCAAAACUUCUUUCUAGCUUUGUGGAGAGUUUUAAACCAUGUGCUCAAAUGGUUUCUAUUAUUGGACAUUCACAAAUGUUACCUGUUGUUGAGUUUUCGGGCUAUGCAGAUCACCUUGUAAAUCCAUGGCGACUAGAUCCCACAACAUUAAAGUUCUCUCUAAAGGGCAAUCUGCCUUAUGAUGAAGAACUUCUAAAGCCCCAGAUUUCAUUGCUGAGACAUGUUUUGCAACAACCAUACUCUAGAGACAUGAUGUGUUCGAUGCUUGGCCUACAGAAGCAACAUAAACAACGCUGUAUAGCAUUAGAGGAUCAAUUAGUCGAACUUAUGAUUCUGCCAAUGGAAAAAAGCGAACAAGAGAAUGAAGAUGAUGAAAUGUCUUCAUCACACUGGUGUUGGCUUCAUUUGUCAUCACAGGUCAUAUACUUAAUCCUCAUUGGAUUUGCUUCUUUUCCCAACAUUGUGAUGGGUCUCCACAGCAAAUUGAUUGGCCAUGAUAUGAAGAAAGGAAGAGACCACCUCAUGUGGGUGUUACUACAAUUUAUAUCUGGAAGUAUUCAAAGAAACCCAUCAUCCAAUUUCUUGCCAAUAAUAAAACUGUAUGAAUUGCUGUAUCCUGAGAAGGAACCUCUACCUGUGCCUGAUUGCACGAAGGCCCAUUGCACACAUCAGAUGGCUGUAGUGUGUAUUUGGAUGCACUUGUUGAAGAAAGCCGAAACUGAACAUAAAACUAUGUCUAUGCCACAAAAUUUAAAAGUGCAGUAUGAGUACCUCCAGCAUUUGUUUACGUCAAACAACACACCAACAUUGAUGGGCUCAGAUUACCGCAUAGCUUUGCUGUGCAAUGCUUAUUCUACAAAUCAGGAAUAUUUCGCCAGACCGAUGGGAGUUAUCAUUGAAACACUUUUUGGGAGCCAGAAAGCUAUGCCCAAUGGGAAUCCGACUACCCCUCUGCCUACAGUACCAUUGUCCAUGUGCAUACUUGACAGUCUGACAUUACACUGUAAAAUGUCACUUAUUCACUCCACCGUUACUCAUGUUGCUAAAUUAGCUCAGAAUAAGAGUAACAUACCAGGCAAUAACAUGAUGGCGCCUGCAUUAGUGGAGACUUAUAGCCGUUUAUUGGUUUAUACUGAAAUUGAGUCUAUGGGGAUCAAAGGUUUUAUACAUCAGCUACUUCCGAAUGUUUUCAAAUCUCAUGCUUGGGGUAUUCUUCAUAACCUGCUGGACAUGUUUUCGUACCGUAUCCACCACGUGCAGCCGCACUAUAGGGUGACACUCUUGUCUAACAUACACUCCUUAGCUGCGUACCCUCAAGCCAAUCAAACACAGUUGCAACUAUGUUUCGAAAGUACUGCAUUAAGAUUGAUAACGAGUUUGGGCAGCUCUGGAGUGCAAUUGCAAAUGUCGAGAGUAGUUUCCGAGCCGAAGUCGCUCGUCUCCUCCGAAAGUGAGGAGUUGAAUCGAGUUCUAGUGCUGACUCUUGCACGUGGAAUCUAUAUGACGGGAGCUGGUAGCGACGGAGCGGCAGUGAAGGAACUCCUCACUACUAUAAUGACAAACACGCCGCACAUGUGGUCCCAACAUACGCUGCAAUGCUUCCCUCCGAUGCUGGUGGAAUUUUUUGCUCAGAAUCCGGCUCCUAAAGAGAAUAAGCAGGUGCUGAAGAAAUCGGUAGAGGAGGAGUACCGCAAAUGGACUUCAAUGGCUAACGACAACGACAUAAUAUCACAUUUCUCGGUGCCGGGCACGCCUCUCUUCCUUUGCCUGCUAUGGAAGAUGAUAUUUGAGACGAAUAGAAUCAACCCUGUAGCUUUCAAGAUCUUGGAACGCAUCGGUGCCCGGGCGUUGUCGGCGCACUUGCGUAAGUUCUGCGACUACCUCGUGUUUGAGGUGACCAACCCGGCCGGCGGGCCGCACAUCAACAAGUGCGUCGACGCGAUCAACGACAUCAUCUGGAAGUACAACAUCGUUACCAUUGAUAGACUUGUUUUGUGUUUGGUACUGCGCCCCAACCCGGACGGUAAUGAGAGCCAAGUCUGCCUCUACAUCAUCCAGCUACUCCUGCUAAAAGGCUCCGAGUUAAGAAACCGAGCUCAGGACUUUGUAAAAGAAAACUCACCGGAACAUUGGAAGCAAAAUAAUUGGUACGAUAAACAUAUAGCGUUCCAUAGAAAAUACCCAGAAAAGUUCGCGCCGGAGGAGGCAAACAAUGCUUACGGAGGUCCAAUUCCUGUGUACCUGAGUAACGUGUGCCUCAGGUUUAUUCCCGUUCUGGACAUCGUGGUGCACCGACAUCUGGAGAUUCCAUCGGUUAGCAAGAAUCUGGAACAACUGCUGGAACAUCUUGGAUAUCUGUACAAAUUCCAUGAUCGUCCAAUCACGUUCUUGUACAACACAUUGCACUAUUAUGAGUCGAAACUUCGCGACAAGCCAUUAUUGAAGAGGAAAUUGGUGAAUGCUGUACUGGGCUCCUUGAAAGAGGUGCGUCCAGCUGGAUGGGCCACCACCGAAGCAUUCCAAGCCUAUCUUGCCAAAACUGACGUGGAAGCAACCGCCUGGACCGGUCCUGACCUCAAUUACUACCUCAGUCUAGUCAACAGAAUGGUAGACACUAUGACUGGCAGCUCACACUUCCCCAACACAGAUUGGCGAUUCAAUGAAUAUCCGAACCCCUCGGCACAUGCGUUGUACGUGACGUGUGUGGAGUUGAUGUCACUGCCUCUAGCGCCGAAUUUCGUCGGUAACACUCUCCUGGAUGUGAUCACCAAAGGUUUUGUCGUAAUACCACCCACUAAGAUCCAACUUUGGAUCAAUGCGAUCGGUCUGAUAAUGGCUGCGUUACCUGAUCCCUACUGGACCGUCCUUCAUGACCGUAUACUGGAGUUGAUAACAAACAAUGAAAUGACGGAAUGGCCGUAUCCUCACACGCCAUUCCAACUCUUCAAUCUCACUACAACCAAUGACGCCAUGUUGGAAAACAAAUACAGCUUGACUUUGGCACUGGCUCAUGCUAUUUGGUACCAUGCAGGCGCUGGACAGAUUAUGCAAGUACCGCAAUUUAUUAAAGAAAAGCUGUCAGUGGAAGUGCAUACUGAGAUUCAGCUUCUGUACCUGUGUCACCUGGUGGGGCCGUUCUUGCAGCGGUUCAACUCGGACUUGUCUCGGGCCGUGAUGGACAUCACUAUCACACUGUACGAGCUACUGGCACACAUUGACAAGUCCCAGCAGCAUCUACAGUACAUUGACCCCAUAUGCGACUUACUCUAUCACAUAAAAUAUAUGUUCGUCGGCGACACCAUGAAGAACGAAGUCGAGAGUGUUAUCCGCAAACUGCGGCCGGCCUUGCAGAUGCGUCUGCGUUUUAUUACUCAUUUGAAUGUGGAACAGAUAAAUACCGCCUAGCAGAACGAUUACUACAGCUACACGCCGUCUAGUUCGAGCUCCAGCUCGGAAUAAACGGCGUGGCUGUAGUGCCUCAGUGCUAAUUGUGAACAAAGUGAGCAGUGAACUCUCCACGAAUAACGAGUGUUUGUCUAUUUUGUGAUUCCAUUGUAACACUAGCGUUUGUUAAGAGUCAACAUGUUGGUUGUGAAUUCACACAGCAUACAAACUGAAUUAGUAUAAUAAAUUUAAUACAUCACAAAAGCAACGGAUUGCCUGACUUCUAUAGCAAUAGAUAGUCUAAAUAUAGUCACAUAUUUUCUUAUUAAGCAUUUUACUGUAAAAUAUGUUGGUUGAUAUUUCAACUGGAAAGUAAUGUCUGCAAUAAACUAGUAUAUAGUGAACUAACGAUCGAACGUCAUAUGGACAAAAUCUGGUACAUAAUGUAUUCUUGACAUAAGCAAUUUAGGAUGUUAGGAGAAUAUUUGUAUACAAAUACAUCGUUAUAUAAGAUAGCGAUACAAGAAACAUGAACACUAUGGUUCAGUGCAAUCUACAUAAUCACAUUAAUGAAUAAGACACCAAUUUUUACAUUAAGAUUACUACAAUAGAUAUUUUACAUCGAAAAUCAUCGAUUUCAGUUUAUCAAAAGAGAUCCAUUAUUUUUAGAAUAAUUACCAAUUUACCAGCACCAUCAUAUCGAACUAAUUUAUUAAUUAAUAUUUCACCGUCGUACUUAAAGUUAUUUAAUGGUUACUUAACCCAAUCCUUAGUCAUUUUCAGAAAAGAAUCAUUACUAAGGAGAAGCAGUAAUCAUUAAAUGUCUCUGAGUACGGCAGUUCGUGUUUUAAUAAGUCUGAAGAAAUAGAGACGCUUAUUUCUUUUAUUGUCGUGUGUAUCUGUGUUGUCGUAUAUUUUGACGUAAUGUUUCUGAUAUAUUUGCUUAAAAUCAAUGUAUGUGAGAGUGCAAAUGAAAAUUACCUGGUGGUAAAGAAUGAGAUUAAGUAGAAAAAGUAGUUUAAGUGAGUGUCUAGAGUUAUUUGCCGACACUAGUAAUCGACGAUACAAUAAGUCGACUUUCCCAACUGAUGUUGUAAUUGUGCAUCAAAAAGUCACUGGAACAAUUUACCCUAAUACCCUUGAGAAUAGAAACAAAGUAAUUCUAAAAAUAUUAAAAAUUUAGUAAUAAAUAAUUUAGUAAUAAAGAAGUAUAAAUUAGUUAUACGAGAUAUAAUAUUAAAUGUUGUUUCGCUAGUGCUGAGUAGAUAGCUAUACUAGGAUACUGAUCAAAGUUUAUUGAAUUUAGAUAUAGAGCUCGAUACGAAUUAAAAGUUAUCGAUCACAAGAAAUAUUGGUAAGCUUUUGUGACCACACUUACGUAUUUCGCACAAGCAAUAUAAUGUGUAUUUUAUUUGUUAUUUAUUUUCAACAACAUAGCAAGCCAAUCGCUAUUUUUGAGGUUCUAUAUCUAAAAACAAAUAAUGAAACACUAAUGAUCACAGCAUUCUCCGUCCGUUAAUUUCUCUGUCAAAUUAAUUUAUGCGUGAAGUCAGCAGAUUUAUCGAUUUUAAUAAAUAUUUCUUGCGAUUAUAGCAUAUUAUAUGUUGUGAAUUUAUAACGUUUAAUGCUAAUUCAAGUUAUUACUUUCAUCAGAACAUGUUAUUCUGUAUUUUUGCCAGCAACAUGUACCUUAUUCUACUUAGGAACCCUCAUUUCAUGGAGGUCAUUUCGCCGAUUAUUAAGCCAAAUCAGGGAUAAUUAUUAAGAUUUAAUUCAUAUGAAAGUAACCAAAUGUUAUUUUAUUAUUUACCAAACGUGUAUUUUGUUUAAACGUAUUUGGUAUGAUUGUUAGUUUGUUUAACUAACCAGCAAAUUGAUUAUUUGAAUAUUUGAUUAUAAUAAUAUGACUUAUUAUUUUUAUUGUAAAAUUAAACACAUUUAUAAUCUCUCGCUUAAUUUUUCUGCCGCCUAUUUUUGCUUGUAUAGUGAAAAAACAUGGGUGACAACAAUUCUGCACAGCCGCUAGUUUUUGAUGUUAUAACAACCAUAAAGGCAUUAAAAUUGUGAUAUUUGCAACCCAAUUUCUAAAUGAUAUAUGCAAUGGUUACUAAACUUAGGUAUGGUACCAAGUACAGGAUAAAUGCAAUAAUAUUUCAGUAGAUUUAUUAUGUAAUAGCGUUAGAGUUGUUGUAAUUGAUGCUGUAGUCUGUCUUAGAUCAUCACUUAGCUACUUUUUAAGGUAAAUUGUAAAAAAUGACUGUUUUCACACUAGGAAUUGAAUAUGGUUGCCAAUUCGUGCAAUGUAUUAUUAUAAAUACCUUGCCAUCACAAAUUUUUCAAUAGUGAGAAUCCUAAGGCGACUAAAGAGUAAGUUUAGCUAAUUUCUCUUUAGAUCGUCAAGGAUGGAUAGAUGUAAUUGUAAUUUUAAUAAAUGCGAAACCUCGCUUUAAUAUUAGAAGUCUAGUUAAAAUAAGUUAGCCUUAAUAUAAUGUUGUAAUGAUCAAAAUACUUAAACAGUGAGGAAAAGAAUCACAACUUUAUUAUAAAAGAAAUGUAUUAUGCAGUUAUUACAUAUCGUUUAGGAAUUGGGUUGUUUGCUGCGAACAGAUUUAAGCGUAACUUUGCAUAAUUUUAUAUAAGUUUUUAUGUAGUAUUUAUACUAUGUACUGAACAAAUAAAUAUUUUAAAUCAUAAA